AUGAGAUCAGCUCAGUCACGAGCAGGGCCUGGAUUGGUCGAGGACUGGGUCGCACUGGAGUUCCUGAGAAAAGCAUGCACGUCCACUGCGGCCGUACAUCAUCGACCGCCCACCAGUGGUACGCCGACGUCAAGACGUUCGAUGCAGAACGGCUUCCUUUCGAAUGGAUGCACAAAUUCGAACGUCUACGGCACUACCUAUUCGACCACUAAUGGCUAUGGAAAUGGAACGCUGUCUGCAAAACCGCCCUUGAAUGCGGCGAGGGCAUCGCCGAGGCUUAGCCAAGGAUGUGGAGCGAGUCCCCGAUCGUCAGUCGCCAGUUAUUCCUCACAUACCUCAGGGAUAGGAGCCAGCCCUCCAAUGGCUAGGCGCUCACCUCAAAGCAACAAGGCCGAUAAAGAUGGAUUUGUGAUCUGA